GCGCUGUAAUAUACCAGAGCUGACAACAGGCAGACUACUUGACACGGGGAGAAAAUGUAGUCGGUUCCCUAUCGGUAUUUUUGCGUUACGUGAAAUUCCUGGGAGCGGAGCGUGGACAGCGGCCAACUCCAAUGUUGAGACGUCACGAAAAGUGCCUCCUCCCUCCCUCCUCCCUCCCUCUCUGCCAGGAGCCACAAGCUCAAACGCCGUGACACACGCACGCACGCGCACGCAGAUGCACCACAGUAUCCGUUCCUCUCUCUCUCUCUCGUCGCCACACUGCACCCACACCCACCCCAAUCCCAAACACCACGCUGCACGCACGUGGAAGUUACUGGCCCUCUCCGCAGCCGCAACAUCUCUCGCAGUGGGAUCUGUGGCACGGCUUUCGGCCUGAAGACUAAAACAAAAGCACCGUCGCUCGUAGUCGCCACCAGGAAUGAUCUCGUGGAUGAAGGGAUGCGACAUGUUACGUCAGUAAGAGCUUUGUCCCAUGGCGCGCGUGCCUGCGCGGGGUUGAGAUGGACACGGGCGAGCGGAGUGGCAGCGCCGCGACGCCCCGGCACUCGGGCGCGGAGUUCCAGCGGGUCGACGGGGCGGCGGCGGCGGACGGGGACCCCGGACAACUCCAGCGGGAGUUCCCCGAGCGCACGGGCAACGACGACAAGCAAGGGAAGAAGGUGUACAUCCCCAGCUACCUCCUGGAGGGGCAGCCGUGCGCUGUGUGUGGUGACAAGGCCACGGGGUACCACUACCACUGCAUCACCUGCGAGGGAUGCAAGGGCUUCUUCCGCCGAACCAUCCAGAAGAGCCUGCACGUCAUGUACGUGUGCAAGUUCUCCGAGACCUGUACCGUCGACCGCAUCAACCGCAACCAGUGCCAGGAGUGCCGCUUCAAGAAGUGUCUGGCUGUCGGCAUGGUCACCGACUUGGUGCUGGACGACCGCAAGCGCGUGGCCAAGCGUCGUCUCAUCGAGGAAAACCGGGAGCGGCGACGGCAGCAGCAGCGGCUGGCGCAGAGGGAGUCGUCGACAAUGAGCGGCGACGCGUGGGGAGUGCCCAGCCCCGAGGAGUGGGCGCUCAUCCAGAAUGUUACCGAGGCGCACACCUCCUCCAACGCUCAGGGCGGAGACUGGAGGCACAAGAGAAAGUUCCUGCCUGACGGGGUAGGCCGGCCCUCGGCACAGAACGGAGAGAUGGUGGACUUGGCCGCAUUCAGCCUCUUCACCAGCAUCAUCACCCCGGCCAUCACCAGAGUGGUCGACUUUGCCAAGAAGCUCACGGGAUUUCUGGAGCUGCCGUGCGAAGAUCAGAUCAUCCUGCUCAAGGGCUGCUGCAUGGAGAUCAUGUCCCUGCGCGCCGCCGUUCGCUACGACGCCGACAGCGACACGCUCACGCUCAACGGGGAGGUGGCCGUCAGGCGCCAGCAGCUGAAACACGGCGGCCUGGGAGACAUCUCCGAUUCGAUCUUCGAGCUGGGGAGGUCGCUCGUCAGCUUUGAGCUCGACGACACCGAGGUGGCUCUGUUGCAGGCCGUGCUGCUCGUGUCUUCAGACCGCGCCGGCCUGUCGAGGCCAGACAAGGUGGACUGGAUGCAGGAGCGGUACCUGCUGGCCUUCGAGCGCUACGUGCAGCGGCGCAAGCACAGCAUGCCCUUCUUCUGGCCCAAGCUGCUCAUGAAGGUGACCGACCUACGCCUCAUCAGCGUCAGCCACACGGACCGCUUCCUCAAGAUGAAGGUGGAAUGUCCCAGCGAGCUCUUCCCUCCGCUCUUCCUGGAGGUGUUCGAGGACUAGUGCGGCGAAGGAGGGUUGGCGCACGCGCGUGCAUGGCCGACCUCGUCCUAGGUCGCCUUGUGGGCCAACGUGGCGACGCAAAGUCGGGUUGCCACCUGUUCUGCUUUUCCCAGGAACCUCUCUUUGAAGUGGAUGCCAUCCUGGGAAAUCUGUAAGUCUUCCCAGAACAUUAAAAGUCCUGGCUUAUUUUGUCAGUCGCGUAAUAAUAAACCACUUAAAAAUGCAUUUACAUGUAGUUCUUAACUCUUCUGGUAUUCCAUAUUCUUAGCUCUUUCGGUAAAGUCACGUUGAAGGGAAACAAUAACGUGACUUUACCGAAAGAGCUAAGAAUAUGGAUUACUGCAGUCACGAAAGCUUUAAAUCUUCUGGUAUUGUCAGAUAUUCUUCUCCUUGCCAUGACAUGUCCUGGUUUUUGUACCUCAGAAGUGGCAACCCUAACACCAGGACAGCAGGACAGUCUUCGGCUGUCUAGUUGGGGUAGCACUAAAGAGAGGAGGAAUUCGAUAGAGAUUGGUUUGUAUGGCGGGUUCUGUUGCAAACAAAUAUUGUGACAGCAAUGGACCGUCUAUUUUCAAUGCACUGAAAAUGUUAAAUAUUUGACGUAAAUUUGUAAAUGCUCCAAUGCUAUAUUUUUUGGGGGAAAAGUACAUUAUCAGCAGUGUAAAUAUAUAGUUUCUCAAAAAGCACUAAAAUAUGUGUAAGGUAUUUUUUAAAUGAAAUUUGAGUACACUAGGUCUGUUACGAAUACCGUAUGACCAAUACCUAUGUUGUACGAAAGAUGAUGCCAACAUUUUACUCAGGUAUACGAGAGGCAAAACACUUUAUCUGUAUAAAAAAAUCAAAUAAAUCUGAAUGCUUUGCAUGUUCAGUUUUUACCAAACCUUUGCACCCAAUAAAUAUGUUCCUUAUUAAAUAAAACGGAAACGUGAAAUAAAAUCGGUAUACUGUA